AUGGAGCAGUCACAACCAUCCCCACCAUUCUUCCUUGACCUUCCCCAGAAGUCGAAUGGCAGGAGUGAGGGCUGCCAUCAUGUCCCUAAUGACAUGAUGCUCCCUUACAUCUCUCGUGUGCUCUUGGAGGAUGACAUUGAUGAUAAUAAGCUCAAUGAUCACCCUGCUCUACUCCAGGUGUUGCAGCCCUUUGCUCAAAUACUCUCCUCCUCCUCCACCUCCUCCUAUGGCGCCAACACCUGUAACACGGAUGGUGCCAAAGAUUUGUUGCAACAUGGUGGGGAUGAUGAAAGCACGCUCAACCGCAACUCAGCCUUAUCCAAGGGUAAAGAUGCAGUACUUGCGUUCUUGAAAGGCAUGGAAGAGGCAAACAUGCUCUUGCCCAAAGACAACAAGUUUAUAGGGGAUGUGCAGGUGAAUCCGAUGGUCUGGGAAAGUAGCAAUCAUACUGGGGACAAGAAGAGGUAUGACAGGGAUAACCAUAUGGAGGAACAAAUAAGGACCAGCAAAGCAGCAAAGAUGAUCAAGGAUCCAGAGGAGAAUUAUGCCAAUGAGAUGCUUGAUGAAAUGAUGAUGCAUGCCUACGAGACAUGCAUCAGGGGCAUGGAGGAGCUACGUGUCUCCAUGGACAACAAGGUGGAUAAGGAAAACAGGAAGAAAUGUAACAAGGCGGUGAAGGACAAUGUGGUCGACAUACGCACAUUGCUGAUCUCUUGUGCGCAGGCAGUGGCAACAGACAACCAUUUGGGGGUGUGUGAGCUGCUGAAGAAAAUCAAGAAACAUGCAUCGACAACUGGGGAUGCCACACAACGGGUAGCUCAGUGUUUCACCAAGGGGCUAGAGGCACGGCUAGUGGGCACAGGUAGCCAGCUUUGGAAGUUGCUCAUGGCAGAGCGUCCCUCCAUCGUGGAGUUCCUCAAGGCCUAUAGACUUUACUUCGCAGCCUGCUGCUUCAACAAGGUGUCGCUUAGUUUUUCGACGAUGACCAUCUUUCACGCCAUGGUGGGUAAGAGGAAGCUACACAUUGUGGAUUACGGUACGCAUUUUGGCUUCCAAUGGGCAGGCUUGCUCCGCUUGCUGGCGAGUAGAGAAGGUGUCCUGCCAGAGGUGAGGAUCACCGCCAUAGGCCCUUCCAAGCUCAAGUCCUGUCCAGCAGAGCAGAUUGAGGAACUAGGGUGCCGGCUCAGCAAAUGUGCCCAUGAGUUUGGCUUGGCUUCUUUCAAGUUCCACACAAUUAUGAAAAAGUGGGAGGAUGUUCGCAUCGAAGACUUGAACACCGACACAGAUGAGGUACUUGUCGUGAAUGACCUCUUCAGUUUCCACACCUUGAUGGACGAGAGUGUAUUCUAUGACGGACAAAACCCUAGGGAUACUGUGCUCAAUAACAUCAAGAAGAUGAGGCCAGAUGUGUUCGUCCAGAGCAUUUUGAAUUGUUCAUGUGAUUCUUCAUUCCUGACACGCUUUCGAGAGGUGAUGUCCUAUUACAUGACAAUAUUUGACAUACUAGAAGCAACAAUGCCAAGGGAGAGCAAAUCUCGAGUGGUGCUGGAGCAGUUCGUGCUUGGUCGUCCUGCAUUUAACAUCAUUGCCUGUGAGGGCCCGGACUUGGUGGAACGUCCAGAGAAGUAUCGGCAAUGGCAGAUAAUAAGAGUCAGUGCCAUUAACCUAGUAUUUGUGACUCCACCAGUGGCCAAUUGGUACUUCGAUUAG